GUUUAGGGUUUUUCUCACUCUUGGGUAUGGCCGUUGUGACCUCCUCCGCUUACAUCCACAUCCGUAGCGGUUCCGACUACAAGAAGAUUCUGCAGGUGCCCCUUCUAGUCGGCGGCAACAACAGGAACUGGGACGAGGUGAAGAGUUGGCUGGUCGUUUAACCUGAUGUGUUUUGAAAGCAAUAGAGUAGUAAUAGGAUGACACGCUUACGUGUCACUUACACUCAAAUGACACGCUCCAGAUCAGCUUUUUUUUGAAAAAAAUGGUGAAGAGGGUGUGGGUAAAAGGGAAAAAAGUAAAAUUUGGAUUUCCUCUUAUAUCGCUCCUCGUUUUCGUUUCUUUCUCUCACGAUGCAUUGUUGCUCGUCGUUGUUCGUUGGUGUCUUCGAGUUGCUUCAAUCGGUGGUGUGUUUGAGGAAUGGCAAGGAGCUACAUCAAACAAGAGCAUGAUCUUGAGAAGAGAAGAACAGAGGCUGCUAGAAUUAGAAAAAAUACCCAGACAGGAUCCCGUCCAUUUGGAACAUUCAAGUUGUAGAGUUCGCACUUUCCACCAGCAUAAAACACUGGAAUUUGACAACUUUUAUAGCCAAAUUUGGAAGCACAAGCCAAAUAGCCAAGUGAUGGUGAGAUUGAGUAUCUAUCAUCCAACAGAAAGUUGCUACUGGAGAUCAAACGCCUAAAACAGAUAAGAAAGAGUGUUUGUGAGGUUACACCUAAAGCAAAAUUCCCUUGUCCGAGAGAAAAUUCUGUUUGAGUUUCCAAGUCCUGAAAAAUCCAUUUUGUCAAAUCUGAAUUGUGCCUUUUUAGUAAGACUUUUACAGUUUCUGAUUUGAAAAGAAUUUGAAGUGAUAAAAAGGGUUUUGAAUUAAAUUUUUUGAUCUGGAUUACAACUCAAGGUGCAGAUUUUAACUUGCAAAAGUUGAUCAAAAUAGUUUCACCAAGUGUUGAUUAGAUGAUUUUGCUUUUCUUGUACUAGCUAAUUUAGUUUUGUUUAGUGUAGGAUAUUUGGUGGCUAUAACAAUGCAGGUGUGUGAAUCUUAAAGGAAGACUUUGAGUUGAUCCUUGAUAUAGGCAACGUGCAGAUCAUCAAAUCUCCUUUUGAUUGCAUCUCAAUUGCUAUAUCCAAGUUGUUUCAAAGCAAAAAACAUGUCCUGCAAAAGAACAUGUCCUGCCGUAGCUAGUUCUGGGCUACAAAAAUGUGAAACAACAAUGUAUACGAGGUAAAGGAUCCAAACAAGCAUGGAAGUAGCUCAUCAAGUUUCAAAGUAGUGCAUACAUGGAACAACAAAGUAGUGGAGCUUGAUCCUCUUGGAAUUCUAAAUUUGUAAUAUGUUUUAGAUUUAAUUUUCUUUUGUUUUUCUUGUAAAAGGUUAUUUAAGACCAAGUGUUUGGAAGAGUCCCUGGUGUAGUUGUAAACAUAAAAAAUCACAUAUUCUUGAAUGGAUAACCACUUACUACACUAACUAAUAUGUAACUAAUAUGACCCCCUUUA